ACUGAUCAGAGAGCUUCCAGGAAGCCUCUGAGCUCAGGUCCGGCCUUGUGGGCCUGAGACCCUGGAGCGGAGGGGAGAGCCCUUCCUCCAGUGAGGCAGAGGGGCUGGAGACCGUGAACCGCAGCUAUGGGAGGCCAUGUGGGGAAGCUCAUGGGAGCCUCAUGGGGCAACUGGGUUUGAAGUUAGAGGCCACAGCAGACCCACCUUCCUGGUACUUGUGAGAUGCAAAUGAUGAGAAUAAUAGGACCUCUGUCCCCAGGCCAUUUAUGGUAGAGCCUGGGCUCCCAGGGAUCAGAGCCCUUCAGCCCAGCCAUGGACAAGCUCAGGGGAAGCAAGCUCCAGUUGGAGCCACCCGUUCCACCCCCUAGAUAUGUAGUCCCCUGUCCAGAUUCCCCAGCCUGGAACAAAGAUGCCCCCAGCCCAUCUCCUUGGCCCACCCCGGGGACCAGCAGAUUUAAGGUAAGUGCAGCUGCUGAGCCUGGGGUGGAGGGAGGUGGGCCACAGUGCCUACCACUGGUACUGCCCCUCUUCUGUCCCUUCUGGAAAGCCCAGGGGGAGGAGGAAGAAGAUGAAGAUGAAUACGAGAUGCCCCCUUGUGAGGCUCUGCCGUUUAGUCUCGCCCCAGCCCACCUUCCUGACACCGAGGAGGACUCUAUGUACUUGGAUCACCCUGGCCCCGUGGGCCCAUCCAAGUCACCACCACCGCAGCCUCAGGCCACAACGCUGAAGGCCAUACUGAACCUAAAGGAGGCUAGGAAGCCCUUCCCCCUCAGGAAGCAAGAGCUGGUUACACCAGCCAGAGAGGUGCCAGACCUUCCAAAGAAACCUGAAAAUAACAUCUACGUGAAAUGUGAGCUCAGUCCAGUCCCAGCCUUGACUAGGACUCUGAGCUCCCAAGUCCUGAUGCCCCCAAUCUCUCUGCCAAGGAUAUCAAUGAUGUCCAGGCCCACUGUAGGUCCCCAGGAAGCUCGGAAUGGAGCAGCGAAUGCCACCUCUAAAGCAGGAAGGAGAUCUCUUUCCUCUAGAGCACCUACCUGGAGCACCUCAGCUGCUAAGGACGGCAGCCUGCUGGGUCAGCCCUGGUACUCAGAAAACUGUGACCGCCAUGCUGUUGAGAGUGCCCUGCUCCGAUUCCAAAAGGAUGGCGCCUACACUGUGCGCCCCAGUUCAGAGCCUCACAGCUCCCAGCCCCUCACUCUGGCAGUGCUUCUCCAUGGCCGGGUCUUCAAUAUUCCCAUCCGGCAGCUGGACGGUGGGAAGCAUUAUGCCCUGGGCCGGCAGGGCAGGAACCACGAAGAGCUGUUUCCGUCCGUGGCCGCCAUGGUCCAGCACUACAUACAGCACCCCCUGCCCCUUGUGGACAGAUACAGCCACCGCUGUCAGCUCACCUGCCUGCUCUUCCCGACCAAGCCCUGACCACAGCGCAGAUUGUACACACCCGCCUCUGGCCCCACAGUUUGCUCUUUGCCCUGGCCACCUUGCUGUGUCCCUCUCGCCUCUCCCCCGUCUCCACCCCUCCAGGCCCUCCCCUUCUCUUGCUGCAGUCCCUGCAGACCUGGCCGAAAGGCUUUCAGAAAGGUUGCCCAGAAGCAGAAAGAACCCCCGAGACCCCACGCCAGCUUCACCUGGAGCUUGGAGGUGCCCCUCCCUGCUGCACAUCCAAGGCUGGGAAGCAAGGGUCUGGCAGAGCCCCCCUCUCCCAGGCCCCAGGCAUGGCUGGGUCUGCACUGUUCCCAAGGGCCUCCCAGCUGCUCUGGAUAAAGGCCUCCUCCAGGAAGCUGAGCCUCGGGAGGCCUGCCCAGGGCACUGCUUGGACACAAAGGGAAUCCUUUCACAUUCUCUUAGGGGCUUAGCACAGGGCUGGCAGCUUGGUUGCACUGUACAUAGUCUGCUUUCAAUAAAUAUUUGUUGAAUGAAUCUGGAAUCUGCUGAGCGAGGCAGAGGUGGCCUCCAUGAGGCUCCAAGAUCCUUAAGUGUCCCAGGGUGCAGACCGGGUCUGAGCGUGGUGGAGCAGCGGUGGCCAGGGCAGGAAGGGUCAGCCCCAUUUCUGUACCUGAUUGGGUUUUUUACCCUUAGACGUCCCGUGGAGGGUGGCUUGUUUUUGCUUGAUUGUGUUUUCGGGGCUCAGAAUGGGGUAAGGGUGGGAAAGGCUUGGUGCUGUCUGCCGCCCCAUUUAUGAUGAGAACAGCCUUAAGUACUUGUCCCCCACCUAUCUGCCAUAGGGUGUUGCCCCACGGAGGAAUGAGCCCGAGUUUGCUCACUUGGUGUUGUCUAGAGUAGGGGAGACAGGCGGACCCCAGGAAGCAACUGGGUAUUGGACAUGCCAGUCCGAAGACCAAAAGCUAUGGAAGGCCCAAGGGUGGGGCUUAGAGAAGACCAGCGGCCGGGGAGCAGAUCUGCCUGCGGGACGCGCCCGGG